AUGGCCGACAGCAGACAGGCGCUGGCGCUGAUGGCCAUCCUCGUCGUCGUCGCUGCGGCGCUCGCCGUGGGGGCGCAGGCGGUGUGCGACAUGGACAACGACGACUUCAUGGCGUGCCAGCCGGCGGCGGCGGCGACGACGGACCCACAGCCGGCGCCGUCGGAGGCGUGCUGCGCGACGCUGGGGAAGGCGGACCUGCGGUGCCUCUGCUCCUACAAGAACUCCCCCUGGCUCAGCCUCUACAACAUCGACCCCAAGCGCGCCAUGGAGCUGCCGGCCAAGUGCGGCCUCACCACGCCGCCCGACUGCUAA